AUGAUCAUAGGUUCUUUGAACAUCAGAGGGGCAGGCAGCAGCGCUAAGAGGAGGAGGAUUCAUCAAUUAAUUGUGAAAGGUAAUGCUGAUAUUUUUCUUAUCCAAGAAUCAAAGCUAGCUGCUGUUUCUAAUAGUAUUGCCUUUAGUUUUUGGAGGAGAAAGGAUAUAGGAUUUUCGUUUCUGCCGUCUGUGGGAGCUUCUGGAGGGUUAAUUUCUCUUUGGAAUUCUGAGUCUUUUCAGGUUCUGUUUAGCUUUGGUGGUGAGGGUUAUUUGGGGUUAAAAGUGGUCUGGAAGGAGGAGGUUUUUUACAUAGUCAACGUCUAUUCGUCUUGCAAUAGUGGGGAGAAAAGGGUGUUAUGGAGGAAGUUACUAGAAUUAAAAUCUAGGUUCUCGGAUGGAGAGUGGGUGAUUGCUAGAGAUUUCAACGCCGUUAAGAAUGUGAAUGAGAGGAAGGGGAGUUCAGGGAGGUAUAGAGUUAGCGAAGAGAGGGAUUUUUUGGAGUUUAUAAAUUUGAGCAAUUUGGUAGAUGUUCCUAGUAAAGGUAAAAAGUUUACUUGGUUCGGAGGAGAUGGGAAGGCGGGAAGUAGAAUUGAUAGAUUUCUUGUGGCGGACAAUAUUGUGAACAAAUGGGGAGUUGUUGGUCAAAUGGUGGGUAAUCGGGAUGUGUCGGAUCAUUGUCCGAUUUGGUUGAUUAGUAAUAAAGUGAAUUGGGGUCCAAAACCUUUUAAGGUGAACGAGGAAUGGUUCUCGGACAAGGAUUUCUUACCGUUUGUGGAGAAGGUGUGGAAAGAAUAA